AUGUACCUACUAUGUGAACUUUGGAAUAGAGAUUGGGAGGACAAACUUAUUUUAUCUCAACAGGCAGUUUAUCAAUUGUUAGAUCCAAAGCGUGGAACAGGUAAAUUAGCUGAGGAGCUUGGACCACAAAAUCCAAAGCAAGCCAAUUUGAUAUUCAUCCCUGUUGUUCACGAUGACCACUGGUUCCUGAUCGUGUUCUCACGUGAAGAGGACACCUUUUAUGUCCUUGAUUCACUGCCCAGCUUGUCCCGAAUCUCAACGAUUAAUGGUAUUAUAUCAACACUGAAGGAACAUUUGCAACAAGCAUCUGUUGGACCUCAGUACAGCGUCAAGGUCCUACCGGUUAAACGACAAGAUAACAAUUUUGACUACGGAUUCCACGUGUUACUGUAUAUAAAAGAAUUUCAUAACAGAAAUCUGAUAUGUAGUAUCGACAAGGCUAUGGUGGAAAAAUGUCGCAUGGAAACUUCCAUUGACCUUGUCUGCCACCCUCUUAACGAAAGCGAAAGAGAUGAAGAUGAUCAUGGUGAUGAUGAGGAAAGGGGAGAGCAAGGCCACAGUGUCUUCAAUACUCCUGUUGAUGAUCAUCGGUUGCCAUCUCCUACAGCAAAUACUCCUGUUGAUGAUCAUUGGUUGUCAUCUCCAACAGGAAAGGGAACCGAGGAUCUGUUGCAACAUGUCGCACUGGAUGCGGAUAAGAAGAAGCCCGUGGAGGCUGAGGAUGGUGAGCAGAAUCAUAAAAUGCUGGAGGAUAAUACCGAGGCCGCCUCUGGAAAAAAUGCUGAGGAUGCAAAGAAGUCCGUGGAUGCUGCGGAUGAGGCUGAGGAUGGUGAGCAGAAUCAGAAAAUGCUGGAGGAUAAUACCGAGGCCGCCUCCAAGGCAGCCUCUGCAAAAAAUGCUGAGGAUGCAAAGAAGCCCGUGGAUGCUGCGGACGGUGAGCAGAAUCAGAAAAUGCUGGAGGAUAAUACCGAGGCUGCUGGUGAGGAGAUGAAAAAACAGAAGGCCAAGGCUGCUGGUGAGGAGCACAAGCCAGCUGGAGGCACCGAGGCAGCCUCUGGAAAAAGUGUUGAGGAUGCAAGCAGCAGUUUGAAGGAUGAUCGUAAAGUGGAGGAGGCUAACAAAAAUGCUGCCAAAAGAAAUAAGAUGAGGACGCAGGGUUCAGAGCUUGAGCAAAGUAAGACCGAGGAUGAUCGUAAAGUGGAGGCUGACAAAAAUGCCGCCAAAAGAAAUAAGAAGAGGACGCAGCGUUCAGAGCUUAAACAAAGUAAGACCGAGGCUGCUGGUGAGGAGAUGAACAAGGCUGCCAAAGGAAAAAAGAAGAGGACGCUGGAUUCAAAGCUGAAGCAAAGUACCCCAAAAAUGCCACCAGGUUGCGAGAGAAAACUAGUAUCCCCAGAACUACCAUCAGGUUGCGAGAGGCAAAUAAAACGUCAAACCUUGACUAAGGAUUUUAGUGAGAAACGCAUCUGGCUUAACAAUGUUGUGCUUGAAGAUGUUCAUGACCUUGUCAAAAGUGAGAGUAAGACUGUAUUGAGAUUUGCAGAUAUCUCAAUGACAGGGUUUGAAUUAGAGCAGUCCCUCCAGGGAGGUGAGGGUGCCAAGAAGGUUAUGGAAUUUUUCAUGCAAUGCCUGAAUGCUGAACAAAAGAGUGGUUUGAAAAGAAUCUUUGUCUCACCAUUAAAGAAGGUAAAAGGACAGGACGACCAAGAUUUGAAGACAAAGAUUCGGGAUGUAGUCCCCAGGCGGAAAGCUCGCGGCCAGCGCUGCUUCACAACUGAAACUAUCAUAUACUGUCCAGUUUUCAUCGACGAUGAAUGGAUUGUUGUAUGCUUCUUUUUUACUCAGUCGAAGGACCAGAUCCAUGUGUGUUGCCGCUCGGGUUCCUACCAAAAUGUUAGAGAUUUCUGUAGUACUUUGGGAGAAAGUCUAACGGAUGGCUUCAGAAAUUGUGGACACAAAGUGCCAGCGUUUGGAAAGAAAUUAGCCCACACUCCUACCUACGUGGAGCCAAAUGACACUGCCCUUGCGUCCAUGUAUUUCAUGGAAAAAUUCAAUGGUUCUGAUGAGGCAAGAAUCAUGAGGUUGAAGUGUAACGAAAAGGAGUAUAGGGAUGCAUUUAUUCAAGAUUACAAGGUAGGGCUUUUGCCUUACCUCAUGAGGCACAAGAUAAAUGAAGCAACCUUGCCUGAUAUAAUAACUCAACUGACCGAAAGGAGAAAUAAAAAACAGAAGGCAUGA